AUGCCAAAAUAUACAAAGAAAAGUCGUCCGCCUCGGAAUAAGACGACAAAAUCGGGCGCUGACGAUUCAGCAUCAAUCGACGAUGGCGUUAGCACUUGUUCCAAUAUGUCCGAUGUAACAAGCAUCUAUGAAGAUAGCGAAGUUGGUUUUCCUUUAGGAAAUGAUGUAAUCCUUACAUCGGAUUCUCUUGAUGAAAAACUUGACACAUCAAUUGAAGGUCUUCGAAAUAAAGAUUUGAGAACACGUGAAAAUUAUCUACGUACGCUUCAAACAUUACUAUCCCAAAAAUACGUUUCUGAGUUGGUUUCUAAUCGAAUUGAAAGUCUGACGGAACAAUUGAUAGCAUGCUUGAGAAAAGGCAAUGAAUCCGAAGGGAAAUUAGCGGCGACUGUUUCUUCGCUAGUUUUUAUUCAACUCGGUGAAGUCGAUGAUGAACUGUUUCUCAAAUUUCGUGAUGCAAUAUUACCAACAGUACGCGACGAAUCGAAGCUUUCAUCUCUCCGAAAACACUACACUCAAGCACUAGGCAUUAUUUGUUUCAUCUCCAGCGAGGAGAUUUCAUCAACGGUUGAAUUAAUGAAAAUACUAGAGACGAUUUUUUCUCCGUCAUACUUAUCUGAAGAUGGAGCAUCACCGAUCAUUAAUCACGACCUACAAGAAUUACACACAGCAGCGCUCACUUCUUGGUGUCUUUUAGCAUCCACUUUACCGGAUAAUCUCGCCCAUGAAUUGAUACGCAUAUAUCUUCCUGAAAAGAUACCCGGUCUUCUGGAAACGAACGAUAGUGAUCUACGUAAUCAAGCAGGUGAAACAAUAGCUGUUUUAUAUGAAAUAGCACGAGAUAUUCACAGCAUCUUUGCCGAACCAUCUGAAUCUUUAUUGAUAACAUUAGAAAAGAAAGCGAAUGAAAGUGCAAAAUAUCGUGGCAAGAAGGAGAAACGCUUACAACGUGCUACUUUUCGAGAAAUCUACAAUUCAUUUGAAGAAGGGACUUCACCUGACUUCGACAUAAAAUUCGGCCGUGAAACACUGGAAAUCACGUCAUGGACUAGUCGAUUCUAUUACAAUAUGUUCAGUAGCAUACUAGCCACAGGAAUGAAUGUUCAUCUUAAAGAGAAUGGGUUUCUUCGUUCGGUAUUCAAUCUAGACGAGCCAGAAAUUGAAAAUCUUGAGCAAUCAAAAGUGAAUAAAUUGGAUCGACAUAACGCUAACAAAGCUGCAUUUAAAACUCGUACUCAAGCUUUAAAUAAAACUCGUGCAAAUAAAGUGAGACGUAACCACUACGAAGAUUAA